AUGGGAAUUCCAAAAGAACAACUUGAGAAAACCACCCGACCGUUGUUUGGAUUCACGGGCGACUUGGUCAUCCCCCAAGGAACAAUCCGAUUGCCCAUCACCGUGGGAGAGAGACCCAGGCAGGCCACCACAGUGGCAAACUUUGUUGUGAUAAAGGGGGGCUCACAGUAUAAUGCUGUAAUUGGAAGGCCGACCCUCCAGGCACUAAGGGCAAUAACCUCCGUUUAUCACCAGAAGGGACUAGUUGAGGACAUAGAUCCCAGGGUCACGAAAGAGAAAUGGUCCCAACCAAUUGAACAGCUGGCGAAAGUCCAGGUGGAUAAGCAUGAAUCGAUAAGGGUACUGAAAAUAGGGUCAGACCUGCCGCCGGCGCUCAAAAUCGAGGUCGAGGAAUUCUUGAGGAAAAAUCUGGAUGUGUUCGCCUGGACGCAUGCGGACACGGCAGGCAUCGACUCCCAAAUCAUAUGCCACGCUCUGAACGUCGACCCUACUUUUUCCCCAAAAUGUCAAAAGAGCCGACCAAUGAACCCAGAAAGCAACCUCAACAAGGCUUGCCCAAAAGACAGUUUCCCACUUCCACGAAUAGAUCAGAUGGUUGACACCACUGCUGGGCAUGAGCUGCUGAGUUUCAUGGAUGCCUACUCCGGCUACAACCAAAUUCUGAUGCAUCCAUGUGAUUAA